GGGAAAGAACGGGGCGGGUACAAAGGGCAAGGGCGAGCUUUAAAUGCUACCCGGUUGAGCGGACCCGGGCCAAUCCUUUAAAGGGUUUCGGCUAUCAACGUCAAUUGUCGUUAUCAGAUAUUAUCAAUGACAUCGGAAGCUUUUUCUAGUUUCGUUCCCACUGCGACCUCGCUCCUCACUAAGACCCCUCUCUUAAUCGUAGUGCCGCCCCACUCAUGACAAGUUACAUAAACUUAUCACUUGAUAAAGGUCAUCAUCUUUCAUUGACUGGAUCGAUUUAAGAGGGGAUGGAUAGACAUAUUAUACUGAUGGUUGACCUAUCUCUUUGUUCGAUUUAUUAAUUCUUGAAUAUAUUUCGACAUCAUUUUUAUGUUAGGUAACCAUCUAAAAUGCUUCUCCUAAACCCUCUUCUGCUAGGCCCCGCAUUCCUGGCGCUGGUCGUCUUAUAUGUUUGGCGAUCCAUAUCCUCUCCUCUACGGAAACUUCCUGGCCCGAGUAUCUCAUUAUUCACUUCUUUGAUUCUAAAGUAUCAUGAAUUCCAGGCCCACCGGACGACAUAUGUCCAUAGGCUCCACCAAAAAUAUGGACCCGUUGUCCGGAUAGCGCCGAAUGAAGUGUCAUUUGCAUCCCUCGACGGCGUUAAGGAGAUAUAUGGCAGCGGCGGUAGUGGCUAUAAUAAGACGGAAUUUUAUAACCUAUUCACAGUAUAUGGAAGGAGGACUAUGUUCAGCACUCUUAACAAGGAGGACCAUGCUAAGAGAAAGAGGGUACUUGCUGACCGAUAUGCCAACACCAAUGUUCUAAAAUCGAGUUCAAUCGACGGCAUUAAGGAACGAUCACGAAGAUUUGUCGAAAGAUGUUCGAAAUCUAUUGGUGGAAGUUGUGAUAUAUUUAUCUGCCUGCAUAACUAUGCAUUUGAUUGUGUCACGCAUCACCUUUUUCACCCUUACGGGUCAGAUUCGCUUCGUAACCUAAAGGAUGAAGAGAUCAUGAAGGAGGUCACCUUCGAUGACAGCCUUCAGAAUCGCCUCAUACAAUACUAUAAUCCAAGUCUCCACAAGAUAAUCGGCAAUGUCUUGUCCCUGUUCGCCAAACCACGCGAGACACCUCUAGCAGACGACUUGGUCAUGUCCGCGACUGCAAAGACUGGCCCUGAGCAGUUCACCCUGCUGAACCGCAUGCAAGACAAGAACUACAAUAUGGAGCAUAUCGACAUGGCCGCCGAGAGCCUCGACCACAUGGCCGCGGGGAUCGAUACCACCGGUGAUGCGUUAUGCUUCCUGAUGUGGGAGAUUUCGCAGCCCCGUUCAUUCUAUGUCCAACGGCGUCUCCAAGAAGAACUCCUCGCCAACCCGGAAGUAGGGUUCGACAAGCUGCCUUUCCUCGACGCGGUCAUUUCGGAGGGGUUGCGAUGUUUCCCUGCGAUCCCCAUGUCCCUUCCGCGAUACGUACCCUCUGGUGGGAGAACCAUCGACGGUUACUUUGUCCCCGAAGGAGCGAUAGUGAGCUGCCAGGCAUACUCUGCUCAUCGCAUCGACGAAAACGUCUUUCCGCAGCCCAGCACAUUCGACCCGGACCGCUGGCUGCAAGAAGCGGGCGAAUUAGACAGGAAGCGAUUAUUCUUCGCCUUUGCCAGCGGGGGCAGAGGCUGUAUCGGAAAACAUCUAGCGCUGGCAGAGAUGAAAAUUCUGCUCAGGGAUGUCUACUCGCGCUUCACUACGGUGCCUGACCCGGCUAUGACUGCCCAAGAUAUGGAGAUGUCGGAUCAGUUGAUCUCUGCCCAACCCCGAGGGAAGAAGUGUCUUCUUAGGCUGAUUCCCUUAGAGGGCUGAGCUGAUUUGCAGUGCGACUAUUGAGGAAUCUAAUAUAGAAUAAAUUGAAUCUAGUCCAGAAUUGUGCACGCCGUAGGAAAAUAGAUGGGAAGAAGUGAA